AAUUUUUGUCUGCACUCUCUCCGCAUGCAGAGGGGGAGAGAGGGUGGGGAGAGAGAGGGAGAAGCAUCUUUUCUUUGCUGGCAAAACCAAAACCUACCCGUCCUUAUACGGCAUGAGAUUUUGAUUCAUGGCAAGCAAAAUUCCUCUUCGCCACAACCUUCGCCACUGCAAUCCUCUGUGUCAUCAGCUCUACAUAUUGCGAAGCCUCCACUCAAAGACAAAUGCUGACAGCAUUGCCGCUUCUCAUCCCCUUUACAUUCCAAAGACAAAGCAAGUCAAGGACGCAAAAGGAGACGUUACAAAGGCGUUUCUGUAUGUUGUCAAGGCCGAAUUGCGUCUCUAGCUGGAACAGUAGGGGAAGCCGUAGAUUUUGGUCUGUAACCUGUUUGUUGCAAGAAAGAAGGGAAAUGGGUUCGAACAGAAUGCUUGCGAGGAGGGCUUUGGAGACUGAUACACCAGUCAUGGUUCAGAUACAGCAAUUGUUACGAGGUGUUAAAGAUGCCAUGUCGCUAGCCCAGGGGGUAGUUUAUUGGCAACCACCCAAGCAGGCAUUGGAUAAAGUAAAAGAACUUGUAUGGGAGCCUUCAACUAGUCGGUAUGGUGCUGACGAAGGUCUUCCUGAGCUUAGGGAGGCAUUGAUUAAAAAGUUGCACCAAGAAAAUAAGCUAUACAAAUCUUCAGUGAUGGUUACCGCUGGCGCAAAUCAGGCAUUUGUGAAUCUUGUUCUUACAUUGUGUGAUGCGGAGGAUUCUGUGAUUAUGUUUGCACCAUAUUACUUCAACGCAUACAUGUCCUUUCAAAUGACGGGCAUUACUAACAUAUUGGUGGGCCCUGGUCACCCAAAGACGCUUCAUCCAGAUGCAGACUGGUUAGAGAAGACAUUAUUGGAAACUAAACCAACCCCAAAGCUUGUUACUGUUGUUAACCCUGGCAACCCAUCUGGGACCUACAUUCCAGUGCCUCUUCUCAAGAGGAUUUCAGAUCUCUGCAAGGAUGCUGGAUCCUGGCUUGUUGUAGAUAAUACAUAUGAGUACUUCAUGUAUGAUGGUUUGAAGCAUUCAUGCAUGGAAGGUGAUCACAUAGUCAAUGUUUUUUCGUUCUCAAAAGCCUAUGGGAUGAUGGGAUGGCGAGUUGGAUAUAUAGCAUACCCAACAGAUGUGGAGGGCCUUGGAGCUCAACUCCUCAAAGUCCAAGACAACAUACCCAUAUGUGCCUCGAUAAUCUCACAGAGGCUGGCUCUCUACUCCUUAGAAACAGGACCUGAAUGGGUCACUGAACAAGUGAAAGACCUCGUCAAGAACAGAACCCUUCUUUUAGAAGCACUUUCACCUUUGGGAAAUGAUGCUGUGAAAGGAGGAGAAGGUGCAAUUUACUUGUGGGCAAAGCUUCCAGAAAAAUAUCGGGAUGACUUUGAAGUUGUUUACUGGCUCGCUCGGAGGCAUGGGGUGGUCGUGAUACCAGGAAGUGCGAGUGGUGGUCCGGGUUACAUUAGAAUCUCCUUUGGCGGGUUGAAAGAGGAUGACUGUAGGGCUGCUGCAGAGAGGUUGAGGAGAGGAUUAGGAGAACUGGUGAGAGAUGGGAUGGUGCAGUAGCUGUUUGUCUGACAUUUAAUUCAGUAUUGGAAUUUCAUUCCUUAAAUAAUUGGGGGGUUCCUGCAUUUGGAAAGUACACUGAAAUUAGUAUAUUUGUGUCAAUUAUGUAAAGUGAAUUUGGCACUUUCCUCUGGUGCCUGUAUACCAUUCACUUCUUUGUGAAAUAAAUGCAAAAGAACUUGUGUUUCUGCGUUUGAA